GGACGGUCGGACGGGGAGGGCGCCCGUGGGACAGUCAUCUCUUUGGAAAGAUGGUUCUUCAUUUCAGCUCAUUUUUUGGCUUCCCCAUCAUACUCCUGUACCAUUGGAUGGGUUCAGCUUUGUCUUUGAAUCUGGAAGAUCCCAAUGUGUGCAGCCACUGGGAAAGUUAYUCAGUUACAGUGCAAGAGUCAUAUCCACAUCUUUUUGAUCAAAUUUACUACACCAGCUGUACUGACAUCCUGAACUGGUUCAAGUGCACGCGACACAGGAGCAGUUACCGUACUGCCUACAGGCAUGGUGAAAAAACAAUGUACAGGCGUAAAUCCCAGUGCUGCCCUGGAUUCUAUGAAAGCAAGGAAGUGUGUGUCCCUCACUGUGCUGAUAAAUGUGUCCAUGGCCGCUGCAUUGCUCCCAACACCUGUCAGUGUGAGCCUGGCUGGGGAGGACCCAACUGCUCCAGUGCAUGUGACAGCGACCACUGGGGACCCCACUGCAGCAGCCGCUGCCAAUGCAAGAACGGGGCACUGUGCAACCCCAUCACGGGUGCCUGCCACUGCUCCGCGGGCUUCAAGGGCUGGCGCUGCGAGGAGCGCUGCGACCCCGGCUCCUAUGGCAACAGCUGCCACCAGAAGUGCCAGUGCCAGAACGGGGCCACCUGCGACCACGUCACCGGAGAGUGCCGCUGUCCCCCCGGAUACACUGGUGCCUUCUGUGAGGACCUGUGUCCCCCUGGCAAGCACGGUCUGCAGUGCGAGGAGAGGUGCCCGUGCCAGAACGGAGGUGUCUGCCACCACGUCACCGGGGAGUGCUCCUGCCCGCCGGGAUGGAUGGGCAUGGUCUGUGGUCAGCCCUGUCCUGAGGGUCGUUACGGGAAGAACUGUUCCCAGGAGUGCCAGUGCCACAAUGGAGGGACCUGCGACCCGGCAACGGGUCAAUGCCACUGCAGCCCAGGCUACACCGGGGAACGGUGCCAGGAUGAGUGCCCAGUGGGCAGCUACGGGCUGCUGUGUGCAGAGAGCUGCAAAUGUGUGAAUGGUGGGAAGUGCUACCACAUCAGCGGCRCCUGCCUCUGCGAGCCGGGCUUCACGGGCCAGCACUGCGAGACCAGGCUCUGCCCAGAGGGAGUUUAUGGACUCAAGUGUGACAAAAAGUGUCCCUGCCACAUGCCCAACACCUGGAGCUGUCACCCCAUGUCUGGGGAAUGCUCCUGCAAGCCGGGCUGGUCGGGACUCUACUGCAACGAGACGUGUUCACCGGGCUUCUACGGGGAGUCGUGUCAGCAGAUCUGCAGCUGCCAGAACGGCGCUGACUGCGACAGCGUCACAGGAAAGUGCACCUGUGCCCCUGGAUUUAAGGGUGCUUCUUGUGGUACCCCUUGUCUGCCUGGAACAUACGGAGUAAAYUGUUCCUCUGUGUGCAGCUGCAAAAAUGGGGCCACCUGCUCGCCUGUGGAUGGUUCUUGUGCCUGCAGAGCAGGUUGGCAUGGUGUGGAUUGCUCCAUAAACUGCCCCAGUGGCACGUGGGGAUUGGGCUGCAACUUGACCUGCCAGUGUCUCAAUGGAGGGGCUUGCAAUGCCCUGGAUGGAACCUGCAGCUGUGCCCCGGGAUGGAGAGGAGAGAAAUGUGAACUGCCCUGCCAGGACGGCACGUACGGCAUGGACUGCGCUGAGCGCUGUGACUGCAGCCACGCGGACGGGUGCCACCCCACCACGGGCUACUGCCGCUGCCUGCCGGGAUGGUCAGGUAUCCACUGUGACAGUGUCUGUGCCGAGGGACAGUGGGGUCCCAAUUGCUCCUUGCCCUGUUACUGCAAAAAUGGAGCAUCCUGCUCUCCAGACGAUGGGAUCUGUGAGUGUGCACCAGGAUACAGAGGCACCACUUGCCAGAGAAUCUGCUCACCGGGCUUCUACGGACACCGCUGCAGCCAGACCUGCCCGCAGUGCGUGCACAGCAGCGGCCCCUGCCACCACAUCACCGGCCUGUGUGACUGCCUGCCUGGCUUCACCGGAGCCCUCUGCAAUGAAGUAUGUCCCAGUGGCAGAUUUGGGAAGAACUGUGCUGGAAUAUGCACCUGCACCAAUAAUGGGACUUGUAAUCCUAUUGAUAGAUCCUGCCAGUGUUACCCUGGAUGGAUUGGCAGUGACUGCUCUCAACCUUGCCCACCUUCCCACUGGGGACCAAACUGCAUCCACACGUGCAACUGCCACAAUGGAGCUUUCUGCAGUGCCUACGAUGGGGAGUGCAAGUGCACCCCGGGCUGGACUGGCCUUUACUGCACGCAGAGGUGUCCCCUGGGGUUUUUCGGGAAGGACUGUGCCUUGAUCUGCCAGUGCCAGAAUGGAGCCGACUGCGACCACAUCAGCGGGCAGUGCACGUGCCGGACGGGCUUCAUGGGGCGACACUGCGAGCACAAAUGUCCCCAGGGCACGUAUGGGUACGGCUGCCGCCAGAUCUGUGACUGCCUGAACAACUCCACCUGUGACCACAUCACAGGCACCUGUUACUGCAGCCCGGGAUGGAAAGGGGCCAGGUGUGAUCAAGCUGGUGUAAUUAUCGUGGGAAACCUGAACAGUUUAAGCCGUACCAGCACUGCCCUCCCCGCUGACUCCUACCAGAUAGGAGCCAUAGCAGGAAUCAUCAUUCUGGUGCUGGUUGUGCUGUUCCUGCUGGUGCUGUUCAUCAUUUACAGGCAGAAGCAGAAAGGGAAGGAGACUCACAUGCCCACCGUGACCUACACCCCUGCCAUGAGGGUCAUCAAUGCAGAUUACACCAUUUCGGAAACCAUCCCUCACACCAAUGGUGGGAAUGUCAACAGCCACUAUUUCUCCAACCCCAGUUAUCACACUCUGACUCAGUGCUCCAGCCCCCCUCAUGUCACCAACAUGGAGCGACUGACUUUGGCAAAGGCAAAAACCAGUCAGCUCUUUGUGAACCUGAAAAAUAUGGAGCCUGGAAAACGAGGUGCUGUCAUGGACUACACAGGAACCCUGCCAGCAGACUGGAAACAYGGCGGCUACCUCAAUGAGCUUGGAGCUUUUGGACUCGAUAGGGGAUAUGUGGGAAAGUCCCUGAAAGAUCUGGUGAAGAACUCUGAAUACAAUUUAAGUAAUUGCUCACUGAGCAGCUCUGAGAACCCCUAUGCUACGAUCAAAGACCCACCAGCUCUGGUGCCAAAGAGUUCAGAAUGUGGCUACGUUGAAAUGAAGUCCCCAGCCCGUCGUGACUCCCCCUACGCUGAAAUCGCCGGCUCUGCCACAGCCAACAAGAAUGUGUAUGAAGUUGAGCCCACGGUGAGUGUUGUCCAGGGUGCAUUCGGCARCAGCAGCGGGCGCUUCGGCCAGGAUCCCUAUGACCUCCCAAAAAACAGCCACAUUCCGUGCCACUAUGACCUGCUUCCCGUCCGAGAGAGCCCCACGCCCUCCACAAACGGGGUCAGCAGCGAAUGACCCCACAGGCUGAUGCCCUGCAGCCCUGGGACUCUCAAGGGGCAGAGUGGCACAGUCGUGCUCUUUCCUCUCUGGUUUACCAUCUCUCUUGGCUCCUGGUCUGUCCGGCAGGUAAUUGCUGUUCCUUCAGUGGAAUCUCAGCACGAGGUCUGUAUUGCGUAUACAAGUGACAGAUGGACAAAUGCCACACUCUGGGGAUCCUGAUUAUUAUUCUUUUUUUCAUGGCAGUAAAUUUUAUAGAAACAGGUAUGCAACACAUUUAUACUGUAAUAUACUGGCUUAAAAAAAUAGUAGUUUAGUCUUGAUAACAUCACAUUUUAGCAACUUCAGGUAAUAGGCUUCAUGUCUGUCAUGUUUCAGAGUAGCAAUACUCCCAGGACAGUGCAAUUUACCAAAUACCACUUUGUACAGGUGAUCUGAUUCACCAGUUAUUCACUAGUAGAAGGAAAACUGCCUUGCCAAAUUUUACCUUCCAUUCUUAUCUUUAGUCAAGAAAUAUUAUAAAGAAACAAGAUCUGAUGGGGAUAAGUAAGCACAAUUUUGCAGUUGUUUGGGAAAUCCRUCAUUGAGCUUUGCUGUCCAUUGCUGGUGGUGGACGUACGUGGCUUGAAUAGUUCUGAAGGAGAUAAAAUAAUUGCGUGCAUCAACAUUACAUGAUGCUUCAAGACCUCUCAGUACUGCAGACCCAGCACCAGUCUUCAAGCAUUGUGCUGCAGUUCAGCUUCACGUGGUGCAGUUCUGACCACUAUUUCUGCCACACACAAACUAAUAAUCCAUAACAUAUCAAUAAUUGCUUAAAAAAAAAAAAGUAAAUUGAAUCAGUUUAUUUUUGUCACCAUGGACUGAUUAUGUAAGGAGUGGACAAAGGUGAUGACUUCUGUWAAUCUUAACUGCAAGGAAGGGUUUACAUUUUAUAAAAAGGUAGUAAUAAUGACUGUAAUAUAGGAUAAAGAUAGUAAAGUGUUCUUUUUUUUCUUAGAAAUAACUAAGCAAACUCUGUGCAUACUUGCUAAAAAGGCACCUUUUCUUUUUUAUAGUUGAUGUAGUGAAACACAUGCUUAAGCUGGUCUUUUGCAUUGCUAAUAAUGUGACACAUGUACCCCCCCACCUUCAUUAACUUCCGUCUCCAUUUUUACGCUGUGUAUCUGUUUUUAGUGAACUAGCUUGUAACUGCAAAAAUACUCCAGUGUGUGUGUGUGUGUGUGCGUGUGUGUCCUUUUCUUUUGCAUUUUUGCCAACUAGCCUUUAUUUUGUCCAGUUCAAGGGACCUCUGGGCAGAGCAAGAGGAUCAAAGUAAGAAUUCUGUGUCAUACUGAUGUCUAUCAGAGGUGAUUAACAAAUACAGAAUAGUUUAGCUUAAUUCAUUAAUUCAGAAGGGAAAAAAUCAAGGUGUUUUUGUUGAGAACAACAGAAACACAGAAGAAAACUAAAAAACCAUUCCUUCUUAAAGUUUAGCUUAUUCAGUUUACCAUGUGGAUGGAGACCAUCCUUCCAAAAAGAGUCCUUUUCUCCAAGAGACGCUUUCACUCCUUCCAAAACAGUCUAUUAUGAACUGCACAAUUUGGUGGAAAAUGAAUCCACCAUCCAUUGGACAAAAUUUUCUCACAAACAUGUCAGCUUAAAAAUAWAAUGGUUGCUAUAAUUAGAGAUCCUCUUUCGGUGGAAAGAUACUUACAGGAACCUAAGAGUGAGCUGCCAGCAUGUAACAUGACCUGGCAGUGCCUCUAUAGCACCUUGUCCUGAGGGUUGGUGUGUCCCUGAUGGACGGGGAAAAGGAUACUGGCUUGUUUCCAAUUCACUGGGCAUUUCUUGUACGUCCACAGAAUAAGUAAUUCCAUUCUUUCGAUUUUGCAAGUACAGGAAAUAACUAGAAGAUUUCUAGGCUGGUUGCCAUUUAAUCCCUGUCUAAGAUGAAGUAUUGAUUGGGUGUGUGUGCAUGUAGAUAAAAUGUAGAGCUACUGGUAUAUACAAUUUUUUUGUAUUGUGUGAAACCAACUUUAAAAUAAAACCUUUCUUCUCAAAAGCCAYGAAUAGAAAAUGCUGCAUUUAACAACUAUGAGCUCACAAAAACUUUCUUGCUCUUUGUAAAAUUUGAUGACCACUAGGUAAAUUACCUUCACAAUACAAACAAUUCUUUUAACAUGGAAAAGUGAAGAGCUGAAUAAAUGUUGGGAGGGUUUUUUUUUUUUUAAUUUCCAGUAUGUUACAUAUCUUCAAGUGAUACAUUCAGUCAAGUAUUCAUGAAAAUAGACGAGUUUACUGUAAUUUUGCUUACUGUGUGUGUUCUAAGUGUACACAUUACUGAGGUCUGCCUUUCAGCACGUGGGUCAAACUCCUUUUGUGUAGUCAGCCUUAGCAAUGUCUGCAUAAAUCUGAGCUGGAUCUGCAGUACACACAGGGCAGGCAAAUGGCUUGUGAAUUUACUUGSGAGAGGGAUCCUUGGUAAGGUGCUCAGAACACUGAUUUCCUGGAAUAUGCUCUGCUMUCAGCUUCAGAGAUCCCCAGCUCAAUCCUUAUGACUGCCGGACAACUCUUCUCAUAGGUCCUCCUGUGGUCUUCACACACUUUCCUAAAAGUGCAUGCUGCAUUGUGGAGGAGACUCAGUCAGUCAGAUUGAUACAUCAGUUUUAGCAAACAUUCAGAGAAUUGGCUUCACCACAGACAGGAAUGGAAAGGGAUGCCUUGCCUUCUAUCUAUUCACAUUACAAUAGUGACAAAAUAUAGCAUUGAAAAUGGAGGUAGCUCUCCCCUAGCAGUGUGUCACCAUUUUAAUAAAAUGCUGCACAAUGUUAAUAGCUGACUUUAAAGUAGCAAGUAUAAACUUUAGGCUUUAAAUACUGUAAGCAUUAUUAAUCCAGGCCCCUUAGAAGCAUAAUGAACCUCACAGCUUUUUACUGUAUCAAAGAUUUUUAAUCACCACACACUGUUACACACAAAAUCUGUCCAUAUCUUGAUCUACCCAGAGAACUUCCAUUAACUUUAACUAGAGAUGCACAUGCAGAUUAUGGGAAGGAAGAUUUCAUUGUACUCACACUUUCUGCUGAGACAAUCUGCAAGUUCAUAUUGAAGUGAAGUUAGGAUGAAAUCAAAAGUGAGGAAUGUGUUACUCUAAAUAUACUGGAUUUUCAAGUAUACUAACUACGAUUUUUUUAUCCGAUGUGUCCAAGUAGUAAUUCUUACACCGAAGCUCUAAAGUCCAGACUGAAGAAUACAGAGCUAGUUUUGACAAAAAAUGCUUUAUAUUAAAGAUUGUAUAUACAGUAUCUGAAAUUACUGAAAACAAAUGAGUGUAAGUUUAUCAAUUACUGUAGAGAAAACCUUGUCAUUUGAUACACUCAUAAUAGUGCUAGAGCACUGAACAUAACACUUUUAUCUUUAGUUUUUUAGCCCAUAAGACUUCACUUUGAUAUGAUUGAACUGUAUAAUAUUUUUAAAGAAAACCUAUCAAGUAUGCCUGGCUUUUUUUUUCUUAGUUGUAAUGAAAAAGUGUUUGGUUGUGAAAACAUAUAUAUAUUUUCCAAAGAUGACUGAUGUUCAUCAUUUUCCCUCUCACUACCAUAUAUUUCACUUCACAUACCUGUAGGUUAAUACAAUAAAGUUUCUAAUGAAAGAUG